AUGGCCGGAAUCGCCGUCGGCAUUAACAAGGGCCACAUCGUCACCAAGCGCAUCCCCUUGGCCAAGCGGUCUUCGCACACGAAGGGCCGCGUCACCGUGCGCGGCGAGGUCGUCCGCCAGGUCAUGAAGGAGGUCGUCGGCUUCUCACCGUACGAGAAGCGCAUCAUCGAGCUGCUCCGGAUCGGAAAGGACAAGCGCGCUCUCAAGUUCGCGAAGAAGAGACUCGGCACCCACAUCCGCGCAAAGCGCAAGAGAGAGGAGAUGAGCGAGGCCCUUCGCAGCAAGCGCGGAUAA